UGAUUUUGGGAGAGUAGUGUGUGUGUGUGUAGGUUGUGUUUACGCUUUCGUGUGCGUGUAUAUUUUGGCUUGCCGGCGUUUUCAUCGUAGAUUCCAAAACUUAGUUUCCAACAGAGUGAAAUUUGGUAGAGUCUUCUCACAAAACUAGUUCUUGGUGCUCUGCAGCACCGUUUGUGUUUUCUUGUUGCCCUGCAUUUCAUUAUGAUCAGUGAAGCUGAAGUCCUUAAGCCAAGCCUUGAGCUAGCCGUAAGAUAACGCUGGUGUCACUUCACCUUUCUUGUCCCUCCAAAUGACUUAAGAUCAACGCAAUGGAAGGCGUCUACGUUGAUGAACGGGAGGAUGUGCAGAAGAAGACCUUUGCCAAAUGGGUCAACUCCCAGUUGGUCAAGAGAAAUCUUCCACCCAUUGGGGAUCUUUUUCAAGACCUUCAAGAUGGCAACCACCUUCUCACCCUCCUAGAAAUACUUACGGGAAAAGAAUAUAAACGUGAAAAAGGAAAAAUGCGAGUUCAUCAUUUAAAUAAUGUCAAUAAGGCUCUACAAAUUCUGGAGCAAAAUAAUGUCAAACUAGUGAAUAUCAGUAGCAAUGACAUUGUUGAUGGAAGUCCAAAACUUACCCUAGGAUUAGUUUGGAGCAUCAUUCUCCAUUGGCAGGUUCAUUAUCACCUGAAGGACCUCAUGUCAGAACUUCAGCAAACUAAUCUAGAAAAGACCCUUCUAGCUUGGUGUAGACAAAACACUCAAAACUAUCCUGGAGUAGACAUAAAAAACUUUAGUACAUCUUGGUCUGACGGUUUGGCCUUCAGUGCCUUAAUACACCGAUGGCACUCUGAGCUUUUCCAAUUUCCUGCAAUUUCUAAAAUGCACCCAAAUGCUCGCCUGGAGUAUGCUUUUAGAAUGGCUCAGGAACUCCAUGGUAUUGAAAGAUUGUUGGACCCUGAAGAUGUCAACACUUCUCAGCCUGAUAAAAAGUCUAUUAUGAUGUAUGUCAUGUGCUUGUUUCAAUCCCUGCCUCAUUCUGAGGUUGAUGCUGACUGUCUGGACUUCUCCAUUCACUCAGACAAUAGCUCUCUUGCUUCACCAGUUGUUGAAUUGCGAUCUCCCGAUGCUUUUAGUGCGGGCAUGCUGGGGGUUCCAACUUCACGCCCUUUGAGUAUGGCCACAAAUGUGUCUGUUGAACUAUCAGGGUACCAACGUGCAUUAGAGGAUGUAUUAACUUGGCUUUUGGAAGCUGAGGACAGGCUAACUAAUGCCCCUCCAACUACUGGAUCACUUCACCAAAUCAAAGAACAGUUUUAUACGCAUGAAGAAUUUCUUUUAGAACUAGCACGUCAUCAAAAUGGUGUGAGGUCGGUUCUUGAGGAGGGAACUCACAUAAUUCAAGAAGGUGGCUUAUCUCGAGAUGAAGAAGAUGAAGUUCGUAUUCAAAUGAAAUUACUCAACUCAAGAUGGGAAGAUUUACGAGUCAAAGCCAUGGAGCGCCAAACAAAGAUUCAUGAGGUCUUGAUGCAAAAGCAACAAGAAGAGCUUGACAGCUUCAGGCAAUGGUUAACCGUCACUGAAGAUAGAAUCUCUCGAAUGGCUAAAAUGGGACCAACACAUGCGGAUCUUAUGAGACAAAUUGAACAACAUCCUAUUCUUCACGCAGACUUAAAAAAGCAGGAUGCUUUGGUUGAAGAAUUGUCCCAUAUGGUUGUAGUAGUGGAUGAUAACAGCCCUGACAGUGAUGGAGUUUCUCACAUGGAAGACCAGAUGACGGCUCUAAGUGAACGUUGGUCACACAUCCUUAAAUGGACUCAAGAAAGGUGGCAACGUUUACAGGAAGUAAACAAUGCCUGGGCUGAUGUAUCUGGCAGAUGUGUUCUUCUGCAAGUGUGGUUGGACUCAAAAGAAAAGCUCCUCAAAGGAAUGGAAGCAGAUCCUGCAUUCGAAAUUGGACAGGUCCUGGAAAGAAUUAAAACUCUGCAAACUGCAAGACGCGAAAUGGAUGCCCAACAAUCAAGCUUGGAAAACUUACAAGAAGAAACAACUGAGCUGGAUUCAAAAUUAUCUCCUGGUUGGACCGCUGAGAUACAAGAAAAAAUUGAAACUAUUCAGGAUAAAUGGGAGGCUCUAUCCCAAAUAAUAGAAGUACAAGCACAAAGGAUAUGCAACUCUGGCUUUGAAUUCAACCUUCAUGGGGGAACCACUGAAGAAAAAGAUACAAGUGCUGCUAGUGAGCCUAAACGGCGUAGAACCGGCACAGUUAAAAAAGUGAAGUUUGAGUCAUCGUUAGAUCAGUUAAAUACCUUCAUGGAAAGAACUGACCAACUAGUAGAGCAGGUUACAGCUAAUAUUAAAGACAUUCCUGCAGAGCUUCAACAAAAGCUGGAUGAAAUAAGCGUAGAGAUAACUGUUCGCCAAACAGAUCUUCAGAAACUUAUCCGGUUAGGUCAGGAACUUGCCAUUGAAAUGCAAGCAGACGGAGCAGAUGAUAUGUCUGUCUAUAAUGAACAGCAGAAAUGGAUGGAUGCUGAACAAAGAAUGAUUCACUUAUCUUCCAAAGUCCAGGCAACAUGUCAGGCUGCUCAGUAUCAUCAGGAUGUGACCACGGUCAAAAGUGAGCUGUCAGCAAUAUCAGGACUACUUGAUGGCCACCGAAAGUGGCUAGAGAAAAUUGAUUCUUCUUCCAAAGCUAGUUCCCCAUCAGUUUUAGCCGACCAAAUGAGGGUCAAAUUAAAGUCCAUGCGAUCACAUGAUGAUCGUCUCCUAAGAUUAAAACAAAUUACUCAACAGAUUUCUGAAAAUGAUCAAACUGACCAACAACUCAUACAGCAAGUCACUGAUCUAGGAGAUAACUGGACACAUCUACAACAAAGAUAUGUUGACCAUCAAACUAAACUAAGUGGUGGCUCUGGCUUUGCUGCUGAGAAAGAAGAGGCAGCUGAUGUAGUAAUGAAACAACUUAAAUCACCUUCUCCUGCCAUGAAGAAAAUUUCUGAUUGGGUCAAUUCUGCAGAAAGCAACCUUCUUUCUGACCAUGUUGUACUUGCAGAUCUUGCUGCCAUGGAGGAACAAUUAAAGAGGUUCCAGGACCUGAAAAAUGAAUUGGAGAAAAAUGAAAAACUGCUUGACAAGCUUAGCAAGGAAGCAGAGGGCGAAGAUUUUGUGGAGCUCAGCACUCGAUGCAGUGAUAUAAAAGCCAUUCUACAUGAACGUCAAUCCAAACUUCAACCUUAUAUUGAUACGAUGCGUCAGUUCUCAGAAGAAGUAGCUGGAUUGACUGCAUGGCUUCAGGAUGUCGAAAGCUUUUUGCAAGCUGAGAAGCAGCUUCCUGUUGGUGAUUUAGCAACCCUUGAGGCUCAACUUGAGCAAUCAAAUGCAUUGCAAGAUGAUAUAGAGACACUGGAGCGCAAUGUGCAGAAUAUAUCGGCAUCACUUUCUAAACUAAAAGAAAGUGCCACUGAUUCCUUUGCCUCUCAGUUAAGUUCUAAACAUGAGGCUCUUAUGAAAAAGUGGGGAAAUGCCGUUGAGGGUGCUAAAAAACACAAUGUUAGCUUGAAAAAUGUACAUGGAAAGAGUCAAUCGGUCAUAUCUGGAAUUGAAGAAUUCUCUACCUGGUUAGCUGCUCUUGAAAAAGAAGUACCAACUGUUGGAAAUGCUUCAUCAUCAGCAGAAUUGUUCCAGUUAAAAGGAAGGUAUCAGUCUCUGAAACAGAAAGUUGAAAAUCGCACAGAGUCUUUCCGGCAGUUGAAUGAAACAGGAAAUGACUUGAUGCUGAGUAGUGAGGGACCAUCUGUUCAAGAAUUGGCCCGUCGUUUCACUCAACUGAAUGCCAAGUGGACGGAAGUUACUGACAUCAUCUUUGAGAAAUUCCGUGUUUUGCAAGAUGCUUCCCAUCAGUAUGGAGAAUUUAAAGCCCUUGUAGCUCAGGAGAUGGAUUGGCUUGAUAAGCUAGAAAAACGACUCAGGAAAUCCCCAAAAUCAGCUGCUGAUGCAGAAGAAAUAUCAGAGGAAUUGGAUGAUUUAGAAAACUACAUCCGGAACCACCCUGAUGCAAGGUUGGCUCGAAUUCAAGAAAUUGGCCGGGCUUUGGAGGAAGAUGGAGUCAUGUCGGAAAUGGUGAAAGCUGAAGUUGCAGCUGCAACCAAUCGGUGGAACCAGCUCAGUCAACAAGCUAGAGACCGCACAGUCUUGUUAGAAGUUUCGGCUGCUGAGGCACAGGAAUCUGAAGGUCAAAUAUUGGAGCUACAGGACUGGUUAACUCACGUAGAUGCCUUAAUAACAGCUCGUCUGCAAAAUGACAUAUUUGCGGAUGACUUACCAGAUGAUGAUCAGCGUUUGGUUGAUGAAUUUGAAACACAGUCAAACACACUAGCUGAAAUGAGUGAACAGGUUGCUUCAUAUGAGAAAUCAGGCAAACAGGAGGCAGCUUCCCGUCUCAGAGAGCAGAUGCAGCUGUUGGAGAAACGGUUCAAAGAGGUGCAGGAAAGAUUCAAGCAGUUCCAUUCAAGCUCAUCAGACCUAGAACCUCGUCUUACAAGAGUGUUAAGAGAGCUAAGAGGUGUUGAGGAGGCGACUUGUCUUCUGGACAUAGCUUCAGAUGACCUGGAAGGAAUUGAAGGCCAGCUUAAACAUUGCAUGAGGUUCUAUUGCACUCUAAGUGACCUCAAAGGGGAAGUUGAAACGAUUAUUAAGAAAGGAAGAGAUAUGGUCAAUGAUAGCAACACAACUGACCCAGAAAAGCUCAACUCAAAACUAGACUCUCUGAAAGAUCUUUAUAAUAAGCUUGGGUCACAAAUAGCUGAAUCCAAGCAAGCAUUGGAAAAUGCCCAAGAACUAUCCCUUGGUAUGCACAGGGACAUACCUGCCCUUAAUGAAUGGAUGGACAUGGUUGAGUCAGAACUAGAUGAACGGGAAGCUCUACCAAUGGCACGACGUGAUCUUGAGUCAGAAAGGGCAUUUCUCAAGCACUGUUUACAGGAGCUCUUGGAGGAAGAAGUGCCACAGUGGGAAACUAUGCGUGAUCGUGUCAGGUCCUCCUACAAGACUUUCUCAUCCAUAUGUGACCCAGUGUAUCUAGAGGUACUGCAAGAGCGUGUGAGUGAUGUCAUGCGUAGAUGGGACCAAGUUAUUGAGAGAGCCACAUUGACACGGACCACUGUAGAGGGCUUGGAACAAGUUUCCAAUCACAGCCCAGGAUUAAACCAAUCACAGGUAUCUUCUUGUGAUGCUGGAAUACCUUCAGAAUCUGCGAUUGUGGGAAUAGGAAACCCAGCAUUUGAAGACCUGGAUGAUAGUCUGCCUUCGAUCAACUUUGCAGAAGAACUUUCUGGGAAGGAAGAUGGACCUAGAAUUAAUAAAUCUGAAAGGACUUUCAGAGAAAAUACAAGCAGAGUUCCUCAGAAGCAUAGCGAUGAAGCAGAUGAUACGUUCCGACUUGCUAAAGACAGUUCUCUCUUCUCUCGGGUGUCAGACAAUAAUCUUACAUCUUCUGAUGUUGGAGAACUGUGUUACCAUGAGCCUAGGGAACAAAAACUGCAAAUGGUAGAGGUGAAAGCACUGGAAAUUAUCAAAUCAGUUGUCACUGCUGUCGAGCCCAUGGAAGUUUAUCCAAGCAGUUCAUGCCAUGUGGGACCUCAAACUGUAGAGAUGGUUGAAAUUCCGGAAGAUACUGAAGAGUCUGCCCCUGACACAGAUUCUGAUUCACCUGCUUUAACAAGACGAAUUUCUCCACUUCCUGUUCAUGUUAAAAGUUUCUCAGAAAUAUUAUUGAAAGGUAAAGGUGAAAAGCCAGUGCCUUUUCCCAGAAAUACCGAAUCAGCAAAACCAAUACAAGUGGUUGAAGUGAAGCCCGAUGAGACUGCUCCUCUCUGUUUGGAAAUGACAGAUCGUGUAAACAGAACGGAAGAGACAACAGUAACUGCAUGGAGGUUCAAUGACUCAAAGGAUGGUCUCGCUCAAUCGACACCUGAGAUAGUAAAAGAUGCAGGGCCAAAACUAACAUUACGUAAGGAAGUCGAGGUUUCAAAAACAUACCAGUUGAUUGGAAAUUACAGUUCAGACUCAGAGGAAAAGAAUCAGCAAAGACUCAAGAGUUUAACAAAACAUAGUGAUGGCUCUGAAGCCAUGACAUCAGCGUCAACCAGUAGAAUUGUCCCCAGGAGAGGAAAGCGAACAGUGACUCAGUAUCCCGAAGAGAGGUUGACAGAAGAAGGAAACUGGGAUCAUAUUAAACGAGUGAAGACAGAAUCUAUCAGAGAUGCCGAAGAUUGGGAUAGAGAUAGUUUCUAUGGUAGUGACAAAGAAACUGAUGAUGUUGUUGAAUUUUCUGACAAUGAUUCAAUUGUGGCGGCUGUGACUUCUCAUGCGAUUAUCGAAACCUCGGAAGAUGAUAUCUCGAGUUCGGAUGAUGAGGAUCCUGCGUUCUACAACCAAACUGCUGUUGGCAAGGCUAGUCUUUCUGGUCAAGGAAAGGUAGUUGAUGUCAAUGACAGCAACAGAACAGGAGAGUUUGAGAAGCAUGUGGAUGAAGCUCUUAAAACUCCCCGUGUGAGUACAUCAGUAGAUUUCAAGAGUGCAGACAAAGAUGUUGCUAACUUCGAAACCGAAGCACAGCACAUGUUAGAGCGAAUGGAUCAGAUGCUACUUGUUGUAAGAAACAUAAAUCAGCAGACAGAUCCAACUCACAGACUGGAGACUCUAGAAAAUGAAAUUGUAGCUCUUGCUCCUGAUGCUGCAACUCUGAUAAGCCGUGGAGAUGGUUUAGUGCUUGUGGUGCAUGCUUCGGAUCCAGAGAAAGCAGAAUUGCUGAAGAGGACUUCUCUAGACAGACUUCGAAGCAAGUGGAGUCAAGUUAUGUCAGAAACUGAGGUGCGGAAAACUGAAGCUCAGCGAGCUGAAGUUACAUUGCGUGAAAUGAACAAACUAAUUCGAGAGGUAGAUUCCUGGCUCCCCAAUGUCAAGAGAAAGUUGCAGCAUGCUAAUAACGAUGAGGAACAGCUUCAGGCUUUGCAAGGUGAGGUCUCUGAGAAGGAGAAGAUGAUGAGGCAGUUGUCAGAACUGGCUGCAGAGCUAGAUAUCCAGCAAGCAUCCGAUGCUGCAAGUGAGAAAUUGAAGCCUCUAACUACUCGUUGGGAAGAGCUACAAGAAGAACUGCUGAGGUUCCAGAAAAACCACAAACAUGACAAAGUGGUUGAUGUCAGUGGUGCCAAUGCUGCUUCUGACUUUGUUGUGCAAGUCAACAAAGUUCGUGAGUCUACAUCAAGUGUUUCACGGCAACUCAGUGCUCAUCCUCUCGGUGGCAGAGACUAUGAGGCUUUUCCAGUUCAGGAAGAAGCUCUAAAGGCUGUUCGUGAAACAUUGGCAUCCAUAAAGCCUCAGGUAGAAAAAGUUGAAAGCGAGCGGGACUCAGUCAUACGCUUAGCGUCUUCCCCAGAUGUUGCUGGUCAAGUGAGACGAGUAUUGGACAAGCUUAGAGAAGAGUGGUCUCAGGUCAAUCGUUCUUAUGCAGAAAGACAUUCAAGGUGGUUGUCAGCACAAGAAGUGUGGAUGAAUAUCCAGUCCGAAUCAAAGCAGUUUUCUGAGUGGCUUGACACUGCAGAAAGUGUCAUUAAUGAAUGGAAAAAUUCUGAUUUGCCAAUUGAUGUGGCAAAGGUAAAGCAGAAGGAUCUCGAAAAGCAGGUAACGGUGAAGCACCGAAUGAUGAACAACUUGAGCUCUACGUGUCGCGAUGUGACUGGGAGGCUCGGCCCUGAUCAGGACCCUUUCAGUAGAGAAAUGUCCUUAAAGGUGGACGAAUUAAGAAAACGGUGGCAAGCCGUCCUCGCGGAACUGACCGCGCAGAGGGACAAAAUUGCUGCCACCAUCUCCCCGACGAAGGAUGCCGCCAGAGGCGCUCAGGAGGCAGCCCAGGCGUGUCUGGAUCGCGUGGCGUACUUGUUGACGUCGGCCGCGAAUCCGUCCGACGACACGUCGCUGUCCGUUCGCCUAAGCAUGGUCAAGGCGAGAGACUCUGAGCUGCAGAAGCACAGACGAGACGCCGAGGCUCUGAAGCGCAACAACCCCGCGGUCCAACUGGCCAACAUCGAGGCCGCCAUGGCCAAGGCCAGCACCGGGCUGUCGGAGCACCGCGAGUACCUGGAGAGCAAGCUGUCGGCGCUGCGGCGCUUCACCGGCCAGUUGGACGCCGUCAUCGCCUGGGUCAUGGAGAUCAAGACGCGCAUCAACAUCAGCAAGGACCUGAGCGAGCCGGACCGCGGACGGGUCAUCGAGAACAUCAUGACCAACGUGUACGAUCGCGACGUGGAGGUGACUGACGUCCUGGAGAACUACAACAACCUGGAGAAGGAGUGCGAGGGCGCCAAGCAGCCCGUCUCCGUCGAGUUGCAGGAGAAGGUCCGCAAAUUGCGCGAGGACUGGAACUAUGUGAAGAACCGCGGCGAGCCCUGUGCCGUGUCGGCGCUGCCCCUGGCCGCGGAGGCCGCCGUGCCGCCCGCCAGAGAGCUUUUGAUGGAAAUGUCAAUUUGUGAUGAGAUUGUCACCAUUUGA